ACCAGUUCAGCACAAAGACAGUGAAAGAAGAACACAGAUACUGGUGGAAGAAGAGGAGGAUUCAGGAACUGGAGGAGUUCAUAAACUCUACUGAUAUUUUACAGUAUUUCUCUCUAAACUGCGGUUUAAAUUAGGCUCGGAUUAUGGCGAAUGAGUAGCCGGAGUGUAUGUGGAGCACAGUGAACAGGUUGGAGAGCUGCAGCGGUGACUGUAACACAGCACGGGCUGAGUGGAGCUGAUGUGGGUUUACAGUCUGACACCGGAUGCGGGUUAACCUUCUGUUCUAUAGCUUUCCAUAUGAAGAUUUUCUCCCUGACCCUUUUCACUGACUGACCUGAAUGUUAUUUUACGCCUUAUUGUGGUCAGCUGGGUGGCCUACAGACACAGAGAAGACUCAUCAGUAAAAUGGGUGAUUGGACUCUGAAGACAGAGGAUGUAAAACAUGUCCUCCAAGUGGACAUUAAAGCUGAGCAAGAAGAUAAUGAAUCUCACUGUAAACUGGAGUGUAAGGACUUCAACAUAUCUGGAGCGUGUAGUCUCAAAUCUGAGUCUUUACCAGGGAUUGAGGAGUCAUUUGCUGAAAAUGACAUUGACUCAAUCGAAUUGGACUACGUGAAAGUGAAGGUGGAGGAUCCAAAUGAUCUGGAGUAUAUAUUAGAUAAUCAACUGUCAAAUGACCCAGCUCCAGUAUUCUAUGAAGAACCGGAGAGAUACUAUGGAAGCAGUCAAGAUAUAUCUCUCUCCAUCACUUCUCCGGUAAGUGCUGCUGAGAAACAGCGGAGAUACCGCGCACGUCGAGAUGCUGAUCCGGAGAGGAGGCAGAAAUAUCUACAGUAUGAGCGUCAGAGAUGGAGACGGGAUUUACAGCAAGGGAAGAAGAAGAUUAUUAGUGAUCUAAGUGAGCUAGAGAGGAUUCAGCAGCGUUACAAGUGGAGGAAGCAAUACAUGAAGAGAAAAGUGAUGGCUGAUGUUGGGACGCACAGUAUGGACACCCCCAUCAUUCUGUCCAACAUCCAGAGCAGCAUUAAGGAUCUUCAAGAUAGAUCUGUCUCUAUCAUGGCUCCAAUAAGUGCUGCUGAGAAACAGCGGAGAUACCGCGCACGUCGGGAUGCUGAUCCUGAGAGGAGGGAAAAGUACCUACAAGAUAGAUCUGUCUCUAUCAUGGCUCCAAUAAGUGCUGCUGAGAAACAGCGGAGAUACCGCGCACGUCGGGAUGCUGAUCCUGAGAGGAGGGAAAAGUACCUACAAGGUGAGCGUCAGAGAUGGAGACGAGAUGUAGAGCAAGGGAAGAAGAAGACGAUUAGUGAUCUAAGUGAGCUAUGGAAAAUGGAGCAGCUUAACAAGUGGAGAGAGUAUCAUUCUCUUCACCAUCCAGAGCAGCAGUCGGGAUCUUCGAGAUCAGAAAACAACAUUGAACAAGCUGGUGAUGAGCUUUAAGUGGCCCUCAGAGAAACAUGUACAGCAGUGAAGUUGUUUUAUGUUGCAAGGGGAACAGUGCAGCAGGCAAUGGAAUGUAUGCCUGGCCGGAUUCCCCCCGUGCCUUUCACAGUCAAAACCCACCAGUUGGACACAUUCACUCUAGGAGAGAUUUUUUACCGGCAAAUCAGUUGCAUUUUCUCCACACCAAAGCAGCUGAGAUGUCAGUGCUUCUUUUAAAAAGACUCCAAAAUGUGCAGACAAUAAUCAAUUGCCCAGGAAAGAGGAGAAUAAAAAAAAAACAUGCCCUUGUACAGUGCAUGCAACAUGCCAGUUCCAACAGCUUUUUCUGGCUUGCAAAAGAUGAGGUACGUCAUGUGGUACCUCUCCGAUAAGUACUCAGAAUCAUUCAAGCAUCGCCAAAUAUGACAUCCUGUCUGAUGGCUAUCCAGAAAGACUUAUGGAAGUGACUCUCCCAGUCUAUGUCAUUAUACUUUGCAAAUAUUAAUUAUUUGAUCCAUUUUUGUAUGUUCUAAUAUUGGUUGUACCUUAAAAGUGUACCUUAAUGAGAAAAUAAUUAAUCAACGUUUUAAAUGUAUAUUUAAAAUACUGAGGAUUCUGUUUACAUUUUAAACAGUCAGUAUUCGUUCAGCUUCAUGUAAGCAUAAAUAUUUGCACUUUUUCCAGCAUGCUGUAUUAAUAAAGCUUUUAAUAAAGAUUUUU